UUGAUUCUUUCACCGCUUGUCGAUAUACAUGUAGUCCAUGUGCACAAUGUCGAACCGAGUUGUUCUAAUUACUGGCUGUUCAUCAGGAAUAGGCCUCGCUACAGCCGUUUUGCUCGCCAAAGAUCAACAGAAACGCUAUAGAGUUUACGCAACGAUGCGAAAUCUCGAAAAGAAAGACUGCCUUGAAUCCGCGGCCCAAGGAUACCUCAACGAUACGCUUUUCGUGAGRGAGCUGGAUGUGACCUCGGAUGAAUCAGUAGCUGGUCUUUUGCAAAGUAUUUACGCAGAACGAGAGAGAAUUGAUGUUUUAAUCAACAAUGCUGGUAUUGGGCUAAUGGGCAUCCUUGAAACGCAUCCACAACAACUCAUCAAAAAGAUCUUUGAUACCAACUUUUUUGGUGUCUUGCGGUUGACAAAAUCUGUGAUCCCUAAGAUGAAAUUCAACAGAGAUGGGCAUAUCAUCAAUAUUAGCAGUGCCGAGGGAGUGAAUGCUGUUCCAUUCUACAGUAUUUACUCAGCUUCCAAGUAUGCUGUCGAGGGGAUGUCAGAAUCCUUAGCACCUUUGCUCAAAAAAUUUGAUAUUAAGUUGUCCAUUAUUGAAUCUGGACCAGUUUCAACUUCCUUUCCAUCAAGAAUGCUUGAUAUAGAUUUGGCAGAUGAUGGUUUUGAAGGCGUUGAUGAAGAAACCAAGCAACUAUUACAAAAUGUGAUUGAAAAACAAAGAAGUGCUCUUCCAAAUAUCUGUCAAUCUCCUGAUGAAAUAGCACAGUUUAUUAUGGAUGUAUUACAUGAAGACAACCCGCACCUACGAUACCAAACGAGUAAAACAUUGGCGACUGCUGUAGCUGAUAAAUUACAUGAUCCCACUGGAGACAAACCUGCAGAUAUCAUGUAUCAGAGGUUUUUUUCAUCAGUAGGGUGUAUUGAUCUACCGUUCAAAUGUAACUGCCUCAAAUUUAUAAUGGGAGCUGUUAAGAGUCGUCUUUUGUCGACUCGAGGUAGGAAUUCUAGUGCUGCAGAUGAAGACUUUACAACUAAAAUUGUGUUAUUCACAGGAACAUCUCAUCGACAAAACCUAGAAUUCGCGCUCCCUCUGGCGAACGAUCCACAAUGUAGAUUCAAAGCUCUCGUAUGUAUGCCAUCACUGACGGGUAGCGACUAUUUAGGUGAUUCUCGAGUUCUUCAUCUAUUGAACAAGACGCUGUUUGUGUUACAAAUGGAUGUAUUCAGUGAGGAUUCAAUACGUGGUGUAGUGCGAGAAAUCUUAGAGACGGAUGGCAUCAUUGAUUCUUUAGUGAUAACGUCCAACGUGCUUCUUACUGGUCCAAUCGAGACUCAUACUGUAGACCAAGCCAGGGUGGUAUUUGAGACGAACACCAUGUCUGUGAUUGAGUUAGUCAAGUGUGUUUUGCCUGUCAUGAAGAAACAGCGUGAUGGACAUCUGGUCCUUGUAACCAAUCAAGCAGGGAUUUUUGGGAUACCUUUCCAUGAUAUUUAUUGCGCAAGCAAGUUUGCAGCUGAGGGUUUCUUUGAAUCCAUCGCACCAGAAGCCUUAGCUUUUAACGUACAUACUUCCAUUAUUGAAACGAGUAUGGUAAAAGGUGAAGAACAAACCGCCCAGACACUUGAAGUGUCCAUCGGAUCYAAGAUGGAGAACGCCGAUGAUGACACCAUCAAGUUUCAAGAUUCGUUGCCUGGUAAACUCAAGCGUCAAGGUUCCAUUAAAAAGAUGAACUCAUCACGCGUGGCUGCGACACUUCGUCACAUCCUUUUGGAUGAAAAACCACACUUUCGAUAUCAGUUAAACAAGAGUUGUCGAGAAGCAGCUAAAGAGAAGUGGAAGGAUACUGACGGUGACACAUAUAUAUUGGAUGCUGCAGAACGAUACUUGUACGUAGAAACGGAGCGAAUACUGAACCAUUUAGGAAAAGACAUAUGAUCUAAAAUGUCGUCACAAAGUUUUAGUUGAACACUACGUCACUUUAAUGUUUGUGACGUAGUUGGAUGUACAUGACGUCAUGUGGUAGAGAUCGAAAUGAUUGUACGUGCACAUAUUUAAUUUAGUGGCAACUAUUAUCCAAGGUUAGGCUGUAACAUACUGCGGUAUUGCAAGUCCUAACAACGAUUCAAAACGUCUAGACGUCAAGUCUAUCACAUUUUGUUUAUAGAUUUAUUUUAAUGGAAACAAUUGAUCAAAUAAAGAUGUUUCAUCUCACAUUGAGCAGACCUGAAAACACUAGACAAGACGUUUUUGAAUGACCGCCUCUGUGCAUUAACCUCAGUCUUAUCAGUCUAUGGGUGCGUAAUGAUGAAAUAAAGUGCUAAUUUGUAAUAAGAUGGUAAAACAUUGUUUAUGAAAUUCAAGGCUAAACAAGAUUUUCCACGUUGUGGCUCCACUGCACCCAGRCUAUGCAUUUGCAYCUCAAAAGAAGUCCUUCUAUGAUUUUUCAGUUCCAACAGAAAUGUCAUGAAGGUUUUCAUAAACAUACAGCAUUUAAAUGUUACAAWAUCAAGGAAACUAUACAGAAUUUACUUUUCUCUUUUAAUUCUUCUAUUAAUAAAUAAUCAAUGAGUCAAUGACAUAGUUUGCAAACAUCACAGUGGUCUAGUGUAAAUCUUUCAAUGAUUUAAAAGAAGAAUUUACAAGCACCAAAGGAAGUCUUAAUUACAACCAUGGAUACCUUUGUCACRUAUUUGGUGUUGCACAACAGUUUCUAAUUCCUGCGCAAUCCAUGWACAWUUUUUUGUUUCAGCUGGUUUCACGUGAAAUAAUUUUUAUUGGAUACAUCAUCCUUGAACUGAAAGGAUGAAUAAAAUCUGCUAUUAAAAUAAAUCAACAUCACUAUUUUAACUCAGUAGCUAAGAACUUCAGUUAGCUACACCUUCCUUCAGCUACAUCCAAAAGAAACCUCAAGUAAUCAAAAUGAAAUGUUCAUGCUACCGAUGAAUCCACAAAAUCCACAAAACAAAAAGCAAAGUGUAAAAAAAAAAAA